AGGUAUUAGGUUAGGGCGUUCGUGUAUUAGCCAUCUAACUAAUGUUUUGAUAAAUUUUAUAUUGGAAACUUAAAAAUAAAGUUAUAAUUAACAUACUACUAAUUUUUAUUUUAUACUAAUUUAUUAAAUUAUUGAUUUUUGUAUAGCAAAAUUUGGCGACUUUGCUAUAUUUCUACAAUAAAUAAUCGAAGUUAAUUUGAGUAGUUGUAUUUUGUAAAUACAUUCUAAGUUAAAUGUUAAAGGGUUAAACUUGUUAAUUUUAUAAAGACUAGAUCAAGAAGUUUUAAACAGUUUUCAUGACAAUGGCCACGCCUCCGUUGCAAUUUGUUUUAUUAGCAGAAUGUUCGACUAGUAAAGCAAGAGCAGGUGUUAUGAGCUUGCGUCAUGGACCAGUUAAUACACCGGUUUUUAUGCCUGUCGGUACACAAGGUACUCUAAAAGGUAUGUUGUCAGACCAGUUAUUAGCACUUAAUUGUCAAAUUAUUUUGGGUAACACUUAUCACUUGGGUAUGAGACCUGGAACAGAUGUUUUAAAAUCUUGUGGAGGCUUGCAUAAUUUUAUGAACUGGCCUAGAUCAAUUCUUACAGACUCUGGAGGCUUUCAAAUGGUGUCUCUACUAAAAUUAGCUGAAAUUAAUGAAGAAGGUGUAAAAUUCAAAUCUCCUUAUGACGAUACUGAAUGUAUGUUAACUCCAGAGCAUUCCAUUGAAAUACAAAAUACAAUUGGAGCGGAUAUUAUAAUGCAAUUAGAUGAUGUUGUAAAAACUACAAUAUCAGGGCCAAGAGUGGUAGAAGCAACAGAUAGAACUAUUCGAUGGUUAGAUAGAUGUUUAAAAGCUCAUAAACGCGACCAGGACCAAAGCAUAUUCCCUAUAAUACAAGGCGGCUUAGAUUUAAAGCUACGCGAGAAAUGCGCCAAAGAAAUGAUUAACAAAAAUGUAAGAGCUUUUGCUGUAGGGGGACUCAGUGGAGGAGAGAGUAAAAACGAUUUUUGGAAAACUGUUCACAUUUGCACGAAUAUUUUGCCUAAAGAUAAACCAAGAUAUCUUAUGGGUGUAGGUUUUGCUGCAGAUUUAGUGGUAUGCGUUGCAUUAGGGAUCGAUAUGUUCGAUUGCGUUUUUCCAACAAGAACUGCAAGAUUUGGCUGUGCUUUGAUUUAUUCAGGACAGUUAAAUCUAAAGCAUAAAAAAUAUGCCCUGGAUCAUAAACCGAUCGAUGCAGAUUGCAAAUGUAGUACCUGUAAAACAUAUACAAGAUCAUAUCUACAUCAUAUUGUUACAGUUGAACCAGUAGCAUGCAGUCUUUUAUCAAUACACAAUAUUGCUUUUCAAUUAAAACUAAUGGAUGACAUGCGAGAAGCCAUUAAACAAGAUAAAUUCCCAGAUUUUGUAAAAAAAUUUAUGUACUUGCAUUUUGAAGGACGGGAGAUUCCCGGUUGGAUUCAUGAUGCUCUAGCGGCUGUCAACAUAGUCCUAAAAAGGUAGAACUAUGGUUAUUUAUUAUUAAAAAUUAAAAAUGAAUAAAAUUUUUCUAUUCUAUUUUGAAUGGAAAUUUUUAAAACACCAAAA